GAUGGGGGCAGCGGGAGGGACCGGGAUGAGGGCACCGGGCAUGGCCGGGGGUGAGAUACCAGGAGGUACCGGGGACAAAGGUAUCCGGGGCGACGGUACCGGGAGGCGCCGGGGAUACGGGAAGAGGGACUUGGAGGCACCGGGAACACCGGGAACGGGACACCGGGGAUGGAGGAGGGACCGAGACUGGCCGGGAAUGGGGGGGACCGGGGGGUCCCGGGGGUGUCCCGGGGAUGGAGCGACCGGGAGGGUCCGGAACUGAGUGGGAACGGGGACACCGGGGACACCGGGAACGGGACACGGGGCGCGUCCGGGAGUCCCGGGAAGUUUGGGGGACCAAGUUUUGGGGUCCCACUCCCCGCACGCCCCCCCGUGCCCCCCCAGAAGAGGCUCCGUCCACGGCCUCCACCACGCCGGACUCCACCGAGGGUGGCAACGAGGAUUCGGAGUUCCCGGAGCUGCCGGCGCCGGAAUCCUGAGGAGGAGGAGGAGGAUGAGGAUGAGGACAGGGAGGCGGCGUGGAGGGGGAGACCCCCCCGGGACCCCCCCCGGGAACUGACCUUCUCCUACAUCGCCUUCCGGGGGGGGGGCGGACCCCCCCAAACCGAGCCAGGGCCCCGCAGCCGCCGCGAGCCCCGCCGGGGCCGCCCCCUCCGCCUGAGCUCGGGGGGGUCCCCCCGGGGGCCGGACCCCCAGUGGCCUCCAGGACUCCCCCCGCGAAACGUCCCGGGGAGCCCCCGGCCCCCCCCGAGGCGGAGCUGGAGGCGGGGGGGGGCCCUGGAGGAACUAGGGGGGCCCGAGGUGGAGGAGCCCCCCUGGAGCCCGGCCGCCCCCGAGCCCCUCCCCUCCCUUCCACCAGGGGGCGCCCCGCGCGCGCCCCUCCUGGAGCCCCCUCAGGCCUCGGUCCCGCCCCCGCCACUGCCGGACCAAUCAGCGGGCGCGUCGGGCGCUGACGGACAGGUGUGGGAACUGCUGUACUGGCGGGCGCCCGAGCGCUCGGCGCUGGCCUUACUGGUGGCACUGGUGGUACUGGGGUGCCUGUCCCGCUUCAGCGCCAUCUCGGUGGGCGCCUACGGGGCACUGGCGGUGUUGGCGGUCACUGUCCCCCUGCGCCUGCGCCAGGUGGCCCUGAGGGCCCUGGGGACAGCCCCCCCGGAGCCCCCCGCGCGGGCGCAGCCGGAGGUCCCCGGGGUGCUGUCCCCAGAGCAGCAGCAGCGCUGGGCGCGGUACCUGGCGCGACACGUGGUGACAGCCACCCGCACCCUCACCCGCCUCUUCCUCGUCCACAGCGUCCCCGAGUCCCUCAAGUUCGCCUUCCUGUUCUACCUGCUGACCUACGUGGGGGCCGUGUGCAACGGGCUGACGCUGCUGGGAGCGGGUGUCAUCUGCGCAUUCACCUUCCCCGUGCUCUACCGGCGCCACCAGGCCCAGAUUGACCAGUACAUGAGUCUGGUGAGGAGCCACCUGAGCCACCUGCGAGCCAGGGUCCUGGCCAAGCUCCCAAGUGCCAAAGUGAAGCCGCAGUGACACCCCUGUCCCUCCCUGUCCCCCUUCCCGAGGUGACAGCGAGGGGGGGGGGGCGUGGCCGGGGGGGUCCCCACACCCCUCCCCCCACAUGGGGGGCACGUGUCGUCCCCCCCUCCGUGUCCUUCCCCCCCCCGCGCGGGGGGGGGGUCACACUUUAAUAAAAACUCUUGUGACA